GUGAGAGACGUGAGAGACGUUCGAGUGCGCACGACGUUCGCACGAGAGAACGCGGCCUGUGACUGUCGCCGCUGCGUCCGAUGCGACGACUGAUCCUUUCCUCGCCUACCUACUCACACUGCACAGCCUGUGUUGAGGACUGGGAGCCAGCGGAGUUUGAGGUAUCGCGCCGCUGGUCAGCUAAAGACGCUCUGCAACGUGCAAGUUGCACCACCCCUCCCCGCCCCGCCCACCCGGGGGUGCCGGCCCGGCCAGACGGCGUUCGUUUACAUCGCGACGACCUCGGCCGACACCGCUCGCAGCGCCAUCUACAACGCCGCGCCGGACGAGUCCACACCGGCGGCCGGCGGGGGAGGUCGGUCGGCGGCCGUGAGAAUCAAUACGGAACGCGCGGCGGCCGCGCCAAACAAUUGUGGCGUCAGCCGCGCGUGGGCAGGUCGGACGUGCGCACGUUCAACUCAACCUACGUGUGAAUGCCCUUAAGGCAGCCACCAAUCAAGAGAGAAAACUCUCCGAGGACUUCCCCUGCGAGAGAACAGUCGAUGUCGGCACGAUGAGGACCCGGCAGAGUAACCGGCCACGAGCGAGCAAGUCACGCAGCUCACCAUCUGUGGCGGUGGCUGCUCGCUGGCGGGGCCGGGCGCGUCGCUCGGCAGCCUGGGUGCCAUCCCGACCCCGCGCUAGUCGCUCGCCGCUGCCGCCUGCCAGCUCGAGCCGCCACAGCCGCCGGCCGCUGCUGCGCACCUGUAAUGAGAACCAAGACCCAUCCUCGACCAGCGACUACACAGCCCUGAAGCAGCCCCCGGCUGAGGCGGGGGCGGCUGAUAGCCGGCUGAUCUGCUCGGCCGCUCCACGGCGCCAGCCUCUGCAGCAGGUGGCCCCUGACCAGCACAACAGCAGAGCCCCGCCGCCGGCACAGCCGCAGGUCACCUCAGCCGCCGGUGACGUCGGCUGUGUGUCGGCUCCCACCGAAUACCGCUCCCGUGAACCUGAAGAGGACGAAGCAGAAGAAGAAGAAGAGGAUGAAGAGGAGGAAGAGGAAGAAGAUGGAGAGGAGGAGACGGACUACUACACGGACAGCAUGUUCGAGGCCUACUACUUCAUCAAGCACCUACCGCCGCUGACGCCCGAGAUGCGGGCCCGCCACCCGGCGCUGCCGCUGAAGACGCGCAGCAGUCCGCACUUCACACUGGUCCUGGAUCUGGACGAGACGCUGGUCCACUGCAGUCUGCAGAAGAUGACCGACGCCUCGUUCACGUUCCCGGUGCUCUUCCAAGGCGUGUCGUACGAGGUGUUUGUGCGCACGCGGCCCUUCAUACACGAGUUCCUAGACCGGGUCUCGGACCUGUUCGAGGUCAUCCUGUUCACCGCCUCCAAGAAGGUGUACGCCGACAAGCUGGUCAACCUGCUGGACCCCGAGAGGAAGCUCAUCAAGUACCGUCUGUUCCGCGACCACUGCGUCUGCGUGAACGGCACCUACGUCAAGGACCUCAACAUCCUGGGUCGCGACCUCUCCCGCACCAUCAUCAUCGACAACUCGCCAGAGGCCUUCGGCUAUCAGUAUGAGAACGGCAUCCCCAUCGAGAGCUGGUACACCGACAAGGAGGACUCUGAGCUGCUGAAACUGAUACCGUUCCUAGAAAACCUGCACACCUUGAACGAGGACGUGCGGCCUCACAUUCGUGAGAAGUUCCAGCCGCACACAUACAUGCCGCCCGACUAACAUCCCGGAGCCGCCCGUACCAACCCCGGAGUAGCCCGGACCGACCCGGAGUUCCGGGGUAGUCCGGGACCGAUCCUGGAGUCGCCCGGACUCCGGAGUCGCUGUGGGAUCGUGAGCUCGCCCGGUCUACUUAUAGUGGCCGCUACUGCGCCGCGAGUGAUCUUCACGGCGCGUCUCUAGGUGAUGCCCGCAUCGAUAGUGACGAGUGAUGGACGACGCGCGAGGCCCAGCUACGACGGUGCUACUGCUGAACUUUGCCGAACCAGUUCUGUUGUGCCAUUUUCUGAGACCAUAAUGCGGACACCAAUUAGGCUUUUGCGAGUGGUGCCUCGUCAUCUCAGGAGACAGCGCGGUUGGUGUUGUCGCUUUUUGGUGCUUUGUGGAAGAAGGCGUGCAUCGUAAGUGUUCGCAAUUCUGCGCGAUGAGAGUCGCAAGUCGCAACCCAUCGGGAGAGGUGAUGGGCUUUUGGUUUGAGACUGUGUUCGACGUCACUUUACAUAUGCACCGUGAAGAUAAUCGAUAAUUUGGCCUGCAUAUAUACAUACAGCUUCUUCUUGCUACCGGUAAGCGGCUUACUAUCAUGUCCUUUACGAACGCAAUUUUACCGUCUUGCGUUCAAGCAUUCAUAUGUGCAUACUUCAGGCUCCAGGACCGUGUUGUUGUGAACUGUUUCGCUGCCAUGCACGAGGUACAAGCGCCGUUUCCUCGCGUGCUGUCUGACUGGGCCACAAAUCGGGUCACUAAUGCUGCAGUGGGAUGUCUGUUCUUCGCGUGACGUGGUUUAGAAACAUUGUUUUACGCAUCGACCGUGUGAAAUCCCUAUAUUGAACAGCUACGGCGUAUUUUGAGAUUAUUUCACAGAGUGGUCGUUGCACAGUUGCAUGCUGUAUUGCAAUGAGCGCAUAGUAUUUUAGCUAAUAAACGGCAUCAAUACCCA